CUUAAAGUUAAAACAGAGACCGCCGCAAAGGAACACCAGAAGCACUCCUUCGCAAAAAAAUGACUUCUCUCCUCGCAAACGGUACCUCGACCAUCUAUUCACCAAAACUCGCCAAAGCCUUUCACCCAAAAUCCAAACCAAAUUUCAAUUCUUCAAGGCUCUUUAAGAUCCGGGCUGAUGUCGCCUACGGCGAAGGUAAAGUUUCAAUCUCAAGCUCCGAUGAUAAAAUUCAAGAAUUUCUUCGUAAUCGUGAAUACGACAAGAAAUUUGGUUUUACAAUGGAUAUUGACUCCUUCGCUAUCCCUAAAGGUCUUUCUAAAGAAACCAUUCGUUUAAUUUCUUCUUUAAAAGAAGAACCUGAUUGGAUGCUUGAGUUUAGAUUGAAUGCCUUUGAUAAAUUCUUAAAGAUGAAAGAACCUAAAUGGUCUGAUAAUCGUUACGAACCUAUUAAUUUUCAAGAUAUUUGUUACUAUUCUGCGCCCAAGAAGAAACCCACCUUAAGUAGCCUUGAUGAGGCCGACCCUCAACUCCUUAAGUACUUUGAUAGACUGGGUGUUCCAUUAAAUGAGCGUAAUAGGUUAGCUAAUGUGGCGGUUGAUGCUGUUCUUGAUAGUGUUUCUAUUGCCACAACACAUAGGAAGACUCUAGAGAAGGCUGGUGUUAUUUUCUGCUCCAUUUCUGAAGCGAUUAAGGAGUACCCAGAUUUAGUUAGGAAGUAUUUGGGAAGAGUUGUGCCCAGUGAGGAUAAUUACUAUGCUGCUUUGAAUUCUGCAGUGUUUAGUGAUGGAUCAUUUUGUUAUAUACCCAAGGAUGUCAAGUGUCCCAUGCAAAUUUCGACUUAUUUUAGAAUUAAUGCCCUGGAAACGGGCCAAUUUGAGAGGACUUUGAUAGUUGCCGAUGACAAAAGUUUCGUGGAGUAUUUGGAAGGCUGUACGGCUCCUUCAUACAAUAGGAAUCAGCUGCAUGCUGCUGUGGUUGAGUUAUAUUGUGCUGAGGGUGCAGAGAUCAAGUACUCUACUGUUCAGAAUUGGUAUGCAGGGGAUGAGGAAGGCAAUGGUGGGAUAUAUAAUUUUGUGACAAAGAGAGGACUUUGUGCUGGGGCUCGCUCUAAGAUAUCGUGGACUCAGGUGGAGACAGGAUCCGCAAUUACAUGGAAGUACCCGAGUGUUGUUUUGGAAGGUGAUGAUACAGUGGGGGAAUUCUACUCCGUUGCAUUGACCAACAAUUAUCAGCAGGCUGAUACAGGGACUAAGAUGAUACAUAAAGGGAAGAAUACAAAAAGUAGGAUUAUUUCAAAAGGUAUUUCAACUGGGAAAUCAAGAAAUUGUUAUAGGGGGCUUGUGCAGGUUCAGUCAAAGGCAGAGAAUGCUCGAAACUCCUCACAGUGUGAUUCAAUGCUUAUUGGUGACAAUGCAGCUGCCAAUACCUAUCCUUACAUCCAGGUGAAGAAUCCCACUGCUGUUGUUGAACACGAAGCCAGCACCUCUAAAAUUGGUGAAGAUCAGCUGUUCUACUUCCAGCAGAGAGGGAUUGACUAUGAGAAAGCCAUGGCUGCUAUGAUUUCUGGAUUUUGCCGUGAUGUUUUUAAUGAACUUCCUGAUGAAUUUGGUGCUGAGGUGAACCAGCUCAUGAGUUUGAAACUUGAGGGAUCUGUGGGCUAGGAUGCAAUUGCAGUUUAGUUUAUAAACAUAGUUUUUAAUUUAGCUGAGUUUGAAACAUAAUGAGUGUAAAUGAAUGCUGUUUUUCCUGAAGCUAACUUACACAUCUAAAUUAAAAUUAUAAUAAUAGUAGUGUGGCUACUUUUAUAUA